AUGGGUGUGUCGCAGCGCACACUCCCACAGAAUGGCUUUGCCACACUGCAGCUUCUGCUCCUUCUUCCCCUCAUCCUCCUCUUAAGCCCACAAGACCCAUGCACUUCGUUCAAGCGCUGUGAUCCCUCGCCGCAGUGGGCGGCAAAUGUUGUCGUCACGCGCACGACCAAUUCCACAGUGCGACCCCUUCCCGCCAAGGUUCCGAGCGGCUCGGCUCUGGCGACCAGUCUUAACAGCGCGGACGCGGGCGUUAAACCCGUGCUAGUGAGCAGCACGGUUAACGUGCGAACAGCAACAUCAGGAGCCGUAGAAACGGUGCUGGAAGUGACGGAGUUGAUUCCGGCGUGGAUGGCGCAGGGCCGUGCUAAGGUGGCGGGCGGGAGCGAAUUUCCGCGGAAGGAAAGCGCGGAAGGAGAUAAUAGGAAAGAAGGGGGGAAGCGAGGGGGAGGGGCCGUAUACGUGGGGAGUGAAGCUCGAGGGGACCGGGGGCUGAUGGAAGCUGGAGCGGAUGAUAAUUUUGGCGGCGCGAAUGGCAACCCUAUGGCUGACGUGGACAGGACGAAAGAAGCGGAACAGCCUAUUCUGCUCUCCUCGUACGUUGCCGCGAUCAGCGAGGGCGGGGCUUUCCCCCAGGUGGGAGAUACUGCGGGGCACGCGCAAACGGGGGGUGUUGGCGCAAGGACAAGGCGCGCCGUGGGAGGUGCGCAGGUCUCUAGCGCGGGAAGAGAGGUUGGGGCCGCGGACUACGGCGGAGAGGACCGUGCGGUGGAUGAGUAUCACGGGGGGGGUGACGACACGGGGCUGCUGGUGGCGGAAGUGCCGCAAGCUGAUCGCGACGGCGACAGCGAUGGCGACGGCGACAGCGACGGCGACAGCGAUGCCAACGGCGGUUCUGAAAUUGACCAUGGGAAUGUACCCGGUUACCUUCGGAAUACCGAUGGAUUUCCGGACGGGGAGCAGGAGGAGCAAGAGGCGCACGGGGAGGAGUUCGGGGAUAUGAGCGACGCGGCCGCCGUGCGAACUUCUUCCACGUUCGCGCCCAACCCUCGCCGAAGCGGCACCAGCUUAGGCACGGUGCAUCCCAGGCCUAACUUCCGAGCCAAGCCACUGCUAGGGAGCAAGGGUGGUCCCGUGGGCGCAUCUGCCGGUUCGUCCGUUGGUUCGUUGACUGCUCCGGGUGAUGUUAACUCAGCCGCGCCGAGCCGCAAGCAGGAGCAGCAGACGCAGCAGCAGAAGCAAACACUGGUCCCUUCAACCUCACCCUCCCCAACCAAAUCCACCAAUCCGUCAUCUCACCUCCCCAAACGCAUUCCACCGAAAAAUCCGGACGAUCCUCUUGGCAGUGAGCCCGAUUUCACUCUUCCCUCCGCUCCCACGUCCCCCGCACCUCCCGCCGCAACUCCCGCUCCGCGGGCGCCGCGCACGCCCUACCCCGCAACGCCGUCGCCCCCCGCACGCGCGCCGGCGGGGGGAGGGGGGAAUGCUUCCGCCGACCCUGAUUCGGGUUUCAGCGACUCGUCGGAUCAGCAAAGAGCGCCGUCAAAUCCGCCGCAAACCCCGCCAAACGCAACCUCCCCCAAUCGCAAUGCCUCGAAGAACGUACCACGCGUUCCCUCCCGCCCCGCCACGACGUCCCCCUCCCCUUCUGCCUCGAGUUCCCCCUCUCCCCGCGUCCCCUCCUCGUCGUCGUCCCCGUCGCGCCGCCCCGCUAUGGUGCUACGCGUUACCGUUACAAGGUUGGUCGCGGCGGGAGUCACGGCGUACGAGUGCGACCCGUUCCCCGCGUGUCUCUUCAAAACCCCGACUUGCACGGCGCGCGCGCAAUCCGCCCCGACGCAGGCCUCCGCGGCCUCCGCAGACCCAGCGGAAGCAGAGGUGAUAUUGGGAGCGGAAGCGGAAGAGGACACUCCCGCGGAAGAGGAUAUUCCCGCAGAAGCUGGGGAUGCGGGGGAAACGGAGCGGCUGGAUGGUCACCCUAGCGAGGUCUCGUAUGGGUGGCUCGACGAAGCUCGAUUAAUCAGCAAACACGACGCCGGCGGCAAUCCCGGUGUGACGGUCCAGAGCGUUGAGAACGCUGCCGGCGGUCACGGCGCCAAUGCCGGGGGAGCUGGGGAUGCGGAUGGGGAGGGGGAGGAGGGUGGCGUGCAGUGGGUGUCGGUAUCAGAUUAUAUUCCUAGUAUCGGAGAAGUUAAAAAUGAUGACUAUGGCAGCGGCGGCGGCGGUGAAGGCGGCGGUGGUAUUGGUGCCCCCAGUGGGGUGGGGAAACGAGCAGGACGGUCCAUAGCGGUUGCUGCUUCGUACUCUCCAAUCUCUCCUCUCUCCCCUGCAUCUCCUGCCCCCUCUGCCGCUUCUUCGCCGGCUACCGCCUCUGCUGGCGACAGUAACCACGGCGACGACGAGCGCGACAACAACGAGGAUGAUGGUAAUGAUGAUGACGACAAUGGCGGCGCGGGAGAGGAGGACGAGUUCGGGUGGAGAGGCGAGAACGGCCAAGGAAUCGUCUCCUUCUUGGCUCUCGGCAAGGGCACCGCCUUCCGCGCCCGCACCAACCCCGAUGCGCGUUCCGCGGAUGCCUCCUCCUCGUCCUCCGCUGCUGGCGGCUCUCGGCGGGAGUCUGGCGUGCAAGCCUCGUCUGUCGCUGCUGCUGCCGCCCCUGCGUUUGGCAACACCAGUGCCGGCAGCAGUGGCCCCACUCCUCCUACUGACAGCGAGGGUGAGAGCGAGGGUGCGGGUGUGAGUGACCGGGCUGACCUGCUAAGCCCACAACAGCAGGACCCCGCCUCCCCCGACCCUCUUGCUGCCUUCGAACCUGACUCGCACAUGCAGCCCUUCUCCCCGGGGAAAGAAUCAGACCUGCCAUUCCGCUUCGCGCGCGGCCAAGAGUACCUCGUGCCCGUGCCCCACAUCCCCCCGGACCGCCAGUUCUCUGUCAAGCGGUACGGAGCGGUGGGGGACGGUAAGAAAGACGACACGCGGGCGUUUAAAGCGGCGUUUGUGGCGGCAUGCAAGCUGGGUCGGUUGAGUUCGCGUCCCACGGCCGUGGUGGUGCCUAGCGGGCGGUACAGCGUGGGAUAUCUGCGAUUCGUGGGGCCGUGCGGAUCCCGACUGGUGUUCCAGCUGGAUGGCACCAUACUGGGACCACACGACCCCUUCCACCCGCCGGUGCAGCUGGGAGUGGUGCACUUCCUGGGCGUCAACGGGCUCAUGGUGUCGGGCCGCGGCGCCAUCGACGGCCGCGCGCAGCGCUGGUGGCAGCUGUGGAACGCGCACCGCCUGCCCGGGUCGCUCAGGCGCCCAUACCUGCUUGUCGCCGACAUGUGCCACAACUCGGUGGUGCAGGGGAUCACUCUGCGGUGCGUGGGGGUGCAGACGUGCAACCCGGGCACGAUCCACCUGGAGAUAGCAUCGAGCAACUUCGUGAAGGUGGUGAACGUGACGACGGACAGCCCCUCAGAGAGCCCCAACACCGACUCCAUCCACAUCACCCGCUCCACACAAGUGGCUGUGCAGCGCUGCACGCUGCAUGGAGGCGACGACAACAUAGUGAUAGAGGACGGCACGUCACACGUGCUCAUCUCCGACACGUGGUGUGUGGCCGGCCAUGGCAUCAGCAUCGGCAGCCUGGGCGACCACGGGGACACAGCAUGCGUGGCCAACAUAACGGUCACGCGGGUGGUGCUCAAGGCGCUCUCCAACGGGCUGCGCAUCAAGACGUACCAGGGCGGGUCGGGCAGCGUGCGCGACGUUGUGUACCGCAAUGUCUUCAUGGUGGAUGUGGAGCGACCCAUUGUCAUCGACCAGAGCUACUGUGACAAGCGCCAUGUGGACGGAAAGUGCGGGGAAGGUUCCUCCAAGGCCGUGGCAGUCUCAGGAGUGUCGUACAGCAAGAUAGUGGGCACGACCAAUUCCUCCGACCCCAUAGGGAUUAUUCUCAACUGCUCGUCCUCAGUGCCCUGCCGCAGCAUCUCCCUUCAAGACAUAGACCUGCGCUCCUCCUCGUCGCGCUCGCGCCCGCUCGUGCCGCAAGUGAGCAACGUGUUUGGCGCUGUGAGGAACGUGCGCGCGCCGCUGCUGCUCGCGGGGAAGGUGAAGAACGGGCCCGUGCCCGCACAGGCAGCAGCCAUGGCGGAGCAGAUGGGCGCCAUGUGCAGACGUGGAGUGUACCGCAAAUGA